AAAAAUUAUGUCUAUACUAACAAAACCACCCAAAGUCCCAAAUUCGCUUCCCACUUCCCAGCCCAGUCGGCGACAACCCUUCCCUCUCCCAGUCGGAGUCGGCGUCGCCUUUUCUCUCCUCAGUCGACGACAACUCUUCCCUCUCCCCAGUCAGCGACAUCUCCUUUUCUCUCCCCAGUUGGCGACAACUCCUUUCCCUCUCUCCAGUCGGCGACAACCCCUUUCACUCUCUCCUCAGUCGGUUUUUCUUUCUUUCGUUGAAUCGGUUAUUCUAGUAAUCAAGAUUUGACUGUAACUCUCUUCAGCUUAGGGGAGGAUGUUCAAGAAGUUGACAUUUUACUUGAUUGACCAUUGCCCAGCCAUUAUGUGUCUAAAUGUUUCAUCCAGAGAACAAUGUUGUUUAUUGGUCUCACUGAGCUCAGGCUUCUUGAACAAAUUUCUCAAAGCAUGCAUAGACCUCUGGGAAGAGUUCCUCUCUGGUCAAUUGCAAACUUGUGUAAUAAAUCAAAGUCAUGUAAACAUGGGGAUAGAAAUGUAGCUGGUGAUCUGGGAUUCUGUCGAAGUAUUGCUAUUUCAGUUGGAGGUGAUUUUUUGGGAUAUGGAGAAGAAUUAACUAAAACUUCAAUUCAGAAGCAAAUUGUUGAUGCGCUUUACCUGGGUGAUAGAGGCAGAGCAUCCAAGCUGCUUUCAGAUCUCGGACAUGCUAACAAGUCACUAAGAGCUGCCGACUUUGUUGAUAUUUUUAAAUACUGUGCAAGAUCACCUGAUCCAUUGUUUGCCAUUGAGACGUGGAGCAUAAUGGAGGAAAAACAGAUUCCGCCCAAUAACACAUCCUGCCUGUUCAUGACUCGAGCCCUUUGUAAAGGGGGUUAUUUGAAUGAGGCAUUUAAUCUGAUUAAUUUUAUUGGAGAGAAACAUGGCAUGACUCCUAGUCUUGCUGUGUAUAACAGUUUCUUGGGAGCAUGCUCAAAAUUGUGCAGUAUGGUUCAUGCUAAUCAGUGUUUGGAUUUGAUGGAGCGCAAAAUGAUGCGGAAGAAUGAAGUUACAUAUACAGAGCUUCUGAAGCUUGCUGUCUAUAACCAAAACCUGUCUGCUGUCCAUGAAAUUUGGAAGGAUUAUAUCAAAUACUAUGGUCCAAGUAUUUUUUCUUUGCAAAGGUUUAUUUGUUCAUUUACAAGGUUAAGAGAUUUAAGUUCUGCAUACCAAGCAUUGCAAUAUAUGGUAGUUUUGGCCCUUCGAGGAAACACUUCUAUUAUGAGCAAUGCUGAAGGAAAGUUAUAUUCUUCACGAGUCUUGGACAUUCCGAUACCAAAUCUUGAAUCAAGCUUGCAGAGAUUUGACAUGGAGGAGUUUGAUGAACAGUUUGUUCCCUUAAAAGUGGAUGCUUAUAUUAGGAGCAUAGAAUGGAGUACUGUUUCUACAACCGGAAAAGAAGUCGAAAGUUCUGGAGUAGUUGGAUUGGGUAAAACUAAAUGCGUGCCUGCCAUGCAGCUUCUGAAGCCAUCUUUUGGCAAUGUAAUGCGUGCAUGUGCACAAAACCAAAAUUAUAGAUUAGCAGAGCAGUUAAUGAUUCAGAUGCAAAAUCUUGGGGUGCAACCUUCUAGCCGUACGUAUGAUGGCUUCAUUAGAGCUGUUAUUUCUGGGAGAGGUAUAAGUGAAGGCAUAAAAGUGUUAGAAAUAAUGCAAGAGAAGAAUUUGAAGCCACACAACUCAACUCUUGCGACCCUUUCAAUUGCUUGCUGUCAAGCCUUAGAACUUGAUUUGGCAGAGAAACUACUCUACCAAAUUUCAUAUUAUCAAGAUCCACAUCCUUAUAAUAGAUUUCUUGAAGCAUGUGAUACUCUGGAGAAACCAGAGCGUGCCAUUCGGAUGUGGGCUAAAAUGAAGCAACUAAAAAUCAAACCAGAUAUCUGGACAUAUGAGCUGUUAUUUUCAUUAUUUGGUAAUGUGAAUGCUCCAUAUGAAGAUGGUGAUAUGUUGUCACAUGCAGACUCUGCUAAAAGGAUUAAAGCUAUUGAGAUGGAUAUGGCAAAAUAUAGUGUACAACACAGCCAUUUAUCGAUGAAGAACUUGCUGAAAGCUCUUGGAGCAGAAGGGAUGAUAAGAGAGCUUAUGGAGUAUCUACGCAUGGCAGAAAACCUUUUCUACCGCAGCAAUACUUAUUUGGGAACACCUAUCUAUAAUACCGUGUUACAUUCACUUGUUGAGGCUGAGGAAAGUUACUUGGCGAUUGAAAUAUUCAAAAAUAUGAAAUCGAGUGGUUUCUGCCUAAAUGCUGCAACUUAUACUAUAAUGAUUGAUUGUUGUAGCAUUAUCAAAUGUUACAAAUCUGCAUCUGCUCUAUUCUGCAUGAUGUUGCGUGAUGGGUUUUAUCCGCAGGCAGCAACUUAUACUGCUCUCAUAAAGAAUGUGUUGGAUGAUGGAAAUUUUGGUGAAGCCUUCAAUCUUUUGGGUCUAGGGAGCUCAGAAGGGAUUCAGACUGAUGUAUUGUUGUAUAAUACUAUUCUCAAAAGAGCUUGUGACGAGGGGAGGAUCGAUGUCACUGAGCUUAUUGUCGAGCAGAUGCACCGUGAGAAAAUAAGACCCGACGCAUCGACUUGCCAAUAUGUGUUCUCUACAUAUGUGGGACGUCACUUUUAUAACACAGCCAUGGAAGCAUUGCAAGUUUUGAGCAUGCGGAUGAUUUGUGGAGAGGACCAUGCUUUUGAAGAAAAGAAAGCUGAAUUCGAGGAAGCUUACAUUCUUUCUGAAGAUGAGGAAUCUGAGCUUCGAAUACUUGAAUUUUUAGGAGGGCCUGAUGAGAAUAUAGCUUUUGCUCUCUUGAAUUUAAGAUGGUGUGCCAUUUUGGGGUUCCCAAUUUCUUGGUCACCAAAUGGAACUUCAUGGGCAAGAAGACUUGCCGCUAACUAUGAUUCCCUAAUUUGAUAUUAUUAGCCGCUGAAUAUUUAUUCAGAUCAACUUGGCGCAUUAGCAAUUCCCGGAAUUAUGUUCUUGGUGAGGGUUGCAAUUUUGUCCGAUGAGCAGUGAUACUGCUUAGCUGCUUCAUUGUCAAAUAAUUUUGGAAUCUGUGCAUCGCAAUGUUUACAAUUUUGUUUAUGGUAAAAAAAAAAGAUUUGAUUUUUCAA